GCGAGGAGGGGACGGCGGAGAGCGGUGUGAGGUGGGGAGGGCAGCUAAGAGACCUGAGGGGGCCCCGGGCCGGAGGCCGCCGCCGCCGCCAUGCAGGAAAUCAUCGCCAGCGUGGACCAUAUCAAGUUCGACUUGGAGAUCGCCGUGGAGCAACAGCUCGGGGCGCAGCCGCUGCCCUUCCCUGGCAUGGAUAAGUCGGGGGCUGCUGUCUGCGAAUUCUUUUUGAAAGCUGCCUGUGGCAAAGGGGGCAUGUGUCCAUUCCGCCACAUUAGUGGUGAGAAGACAGUUGUGUGCAAACACUGGCUAAGAGGACUGUGCAAGAAAGGGGACCAGUGUGAGUUCUUACAUGAGUAUGACAUGACCAAGAUGCCCGAGUGCUACUUUUACUCCAAGUUCGGGGAAUGCAGCAACAAGGAGUGCCCCUUCCUGCACAUCGACCCUGAGUCUAAGAUCAAGGACUGCCCUUGGUAUGACCGCGGUUUCUGUAAGCAUGGUCCCCUGUGCAGGCACCGGCACACUCGGAGAGUCAUUUGUGUGAAUUACCUCGUGGGAUUCUGCCCUGAGGGACCCUCUUGUAAAUUCAUGCACCCUAGAUUUGAACUGCCCAUGGGAACCACUGAGCAGCCCCCACUACCACAGCAGACACAGCCUCCAACAAAGCAAAGUAACAAUCCGCCAUUACAAAGGUCGUCCUCCUUGAUCCAGUUAACGAGUCAGAACUCUUCUCCCAAUCAGCAGAGAGCCCCGCAGGUCAUUGGGGUCAUGCAGAGUCAAAACAGCAGUGCAGGGAACCGGGGACCCCGGCCGUUGGAGCAAGUCACUUGCUACAAGUGUGGUGAAAAAGGACACUACGCCAACAGAUGCACCAAAGGGCAUUUGGCCUUUCUCAGUGGACAGUGACAACAGCUGGUAUCUGUGGAGCAGCCUGAGAGCCCUGCUGUUGGGAACAAGCACUUAGCUGCUGAAUGUAGUGCUGGCAGGACUGGCUAGAGCCGCAAGCACACCUGCCAGGGCUCAUUUUGAGGGGCCAUGUCUGUCCUAUCAUUUUGCUGUAAUCUUUUUUUAAAGAAGGAACAUGUGCUUCAGUUGGGUCCCUUGAGCCAGCUUGCUUGGACAUCAGUGCCUCAUUUUUUGGACUCCGUGCACACUGCCCUCUUGGGGAGAGAGAAGUUGGGAAGGGCUGUGCUUCUUGGUCCUGUGUGGAAGAUGGCUAGCAGUUCCCCUCAGGGCCUCAUUAAACACCAGCACCUGGACAGGAUGGGUGGAUCAUGUGGGGCUGUGGCCAGGCCAGCCUGCUUUCUCCGUGUCCAGCUGAAGCCUCAAGCUGUGCCUAUGAAUGUGACUUGAACAAGGGAGCGCUUCCAGACAAACUUGGAGCAUCUACUGCCUGGCCUGGCCCUGGCUCUUUAGAAGUGUCAGGAUCCCAGGCUGAGCUGCUUUUCUGGGCUUGCUUUCUUGUGGAGACCUGCCUGACAGUGCUUCGGGCACACCUUCGGUCAGUGCUGCAGACCACCUUUAACUAGCUGACCCAGGUGAGCUGCGCCUACCUCCUGCCAAGCAAACUCUGUGCUGUCAUUCAGACCCCUGUGGCAUGCAGAGGCCACCCAUCCUUGAGCCUAGAAAAUGUGAACCCAUCACCUGCAACCUGCUGGGCAAGUGGGCCUAUCCAAGUUCAGUUACAAGAAUACUUUUUAUGAAGUUGAUUAAAAAGCUUGUUUUUUA